AUGCGUGUUUUCUUUGAAGACUUGGAUUGUAACAACCAACACACUCUCACUAAUCUUUUUUCUCUUCUUUCUUGCGUGAUUAAGCUUCAAUUUCUGAAACAAAGAUAUUAUUAUGCAGUCUAUUCACUUUACCGAAAAUGUUGUAGAGAGCUUCAGGCUGAUCCUUCAAGAGAAUUGCCCCGACAUAUUAAACAUAAGAGUCGAUUGGAAAAUAUUCUUUCACUCUUUGAACUGAGUAAAAGCCAGAUCACUGCUGAUAUGAAGGAUCAAGCAAGAAAAGCAGAGGAAUAUAUACGAAACGCUCUAAUUGCUCUCAACAAGCAGGCCAACAGGCAACAGUCACCUGAUGUGCAACCCAAGCAACUGUUUGGCCUGUCCAAUUCUAUAAUUUCUCAACCGAACAAUAUGGUUUCUCAAGAUCACCGAGUUGCAAUGCCAAUUGGCAGUUCACAAGACAGUAUUAUAAAUCAAUCGCCAAUAGUAAAAGGCCAGUGCAAUGCUGUCAAACAACAGACAAACAUUGCACUCCAAGAAUUUGGUGUAAAAAACAACGCUCCAAGAAUUUCGGAAACUGAAGCAUUUGGUACAAGGACCAACACUAGGAGGACUUUACCCUUGAUUAAAGAAAGCAAUGAUCAAAAUCAAGGAUUUCACAACACUGAAGUGCAAAGUCAUGCAAUGCAGAAGCUGAUUAGAGCGUUGACUUCCGUUUCGCCUGAAGCACUGAGUGCAGCAGACUACCAAUCUACAUUACUCCCGGAGGAUGGAAAAUGCCUCGCAGCUUUGUUGCAACCACCUUUGAUACUCCUAGCAUGUAAAGGUUUCGAUCAGUUCACUUACACUACGGAAUCUGACUUGAAUUCUUUCACAACAAAAGAAAAAUGCUCUCUAACUGUGGAAAAUCAGAAUCUUUUAGCAGAAAUAAAAGACAUAAACAAUCGAUUGUUCGAUUGUGAUGUGGUUAUCGCUGAAAAGGAUGACGCUAAAAGUGUGAUUGGAAUAGGUACUGAUCAAAGUGAAGGUUUAGUUGUUAAAAUCCUGUAUAAUGCAGUGACUAUCAAUCAGAACCUUGUAUCUCACUUUAUUGCUGAUAAAAAGUCAUUGAUCGAACCCCUACGAUUGCUUAUUCCUUCAAGUUAUCCGUCCUGCUCUCUUGUUAUUCUGGACGAAUUGCCGUUGAAAGUCAGUGAUGACGUGAGAGCUCUAUCCGAGAAAGCAAAAGAAAAGCUGAGAUUUAAUGUUGGAAGAAUGAACGAACCACUGUUGAUUAAGGAUAUAGCAAGAGUGUGGGAAAGGUGUGCUAGAGAAGCAAUUCUUGAUUAUGCACAUGCUAAUGGUGGUGGAACUUUUACCUCAAUGCUUGGAGGUUGGGACGUCUGUUGA